AUGGACGGCGACAAAACUACAAGUAGGUUACUAUGUCAAUGUUCUUUUCCUUUUUUGAGUAAAACGGAAAUUUUAGAGGUCAGGUUUUAGGUAACAAAGUUGUGGUUUUCGGUAUCUUGGGCAUAAAGUAGAAAAAAAUUUAGACUGUGAUUAAAGAUUUUGUAUUAUCUUUACAUUUUAUGCAUUUUUUAAUCAUUUUUGACUUAAUUUAUACCUAAAUUAUUAAUUUAUAAACAAUUCGUAUGUAAACCUUUUUUAUUUUAAAAAUAUAUAAUUUCGAUUAUUCCUCAUCAGAUUCUUUAUUUCUUGCCUAUUUUAUAUGUUUUGCCAUUUCAGAAGUUUUGGUAACCGGAGCCUCAGGCUAUGUGGCCACACACUGUGUCCAACAACUUUUGGCCCAGAACUACCACGUCCGAGGAACUGUCAGAUCGUUGAAGAAUGAGAAGAAGAUUAAACCGAUAAGAGAUAUUGCUGAUAACAGUCCGCUUCUGGAGCUGGUGGAGGCCGAUCUCGAACAGGCAGCUGGUUGGGAUGAGUAAGGUUUUGAUCUUGAAGAUUGUUAGUUCAAAGUAUUAUAAUGGUUAAGACGUUACAGUAAUUGAUAUUUUAAAAUCCAAAUAUCAAACGAAAAAUUAGGUAACAAUGUUAAACUUACAGAGUAGUAGAAGGCUGUGACUAUGUUCUCCAUGUUGCCAGUCCUUUCCCUUUGGAAGACGAUGUUACAGUAAUCGAAACAGCUGUUAAUGGUACCUUGAACGUCUUGAAGGCCUGUGCCAACAGUACUGCUGUCAAGAAAGUAGUCCUGACUAGUUCAUGCGCAGCCAUCAACGAAGGCCAUGAUGAUGAAGAUCGUAUCUUCGACGAAGAUGACUGGACCAUCGUCGAAAGCAAGAAGGUACAGUCGUAUGCUGUAUCCAAAACCGAAGCAGAAUUGGCUGCCUGGGAUUUUGUUAAGACAAACAGUAAGUUAUGAUAUACUUUGGGUUACUGUAACUUUAGAAAAACACCAGUUCAAGUUGACCGUCAUCAAUCCAACUUUCGUAGUGGGACCCGUUUUGAUGGAUACGGCUGGUUCCAGUAUUACGGUGAGAUUUAACUUUAUUUUUAAAAGGAAAAAAACUUAAAAUCUGGUUCCUAUAGUGCCAUAUGUAGAUUUUAUGUGAAAACAGCACCUACGUUUAAGCUUAAUUUUCUUUCACCUAUCUUCAGACCGUGAAGAAGUUCCUGAACAAUGAAGUACCAGCCAUCCCACCCCUCGAGAUGGGCAUGGUCGAUGUGAGAGAUGUGGCCAAAGCUCACAUUCUGGCCAUGGAAAGGUCGGAAUCUGAUGGAGAGCGGAUUUUGAUCACUUGUCAGACCGUCGCCUUUUCUCAGAUGGUCAAGUUUAUCGGUCGAGAAUUCAGAAGUCAAGGCUACAAGUCUCCGUUCAUCACCGCUCCAUACUUUUUGGUCUGGGUCUGGUCGUUUAUCGACAAAGAAGCCGCGGCUUCACUUCCGAGACUCAACAGGAAGAUUCUGUUCGACAAUUCAAAGGUAGGUUAACAUUGUAAAGUUCUGUUUUAUGUACAAAUUGUUAUAAGAAAAAAACAUAAUAAUUACAAUGUAAAUAGUUAAUUAAUCUACAAAUCGUAUUGUUCAUCAAAACAAAUAUACUUUUCAGUCCAAGAAGCUACUGGGCCUAGAAUACUGCAACAUCGAAGACGCAGUCGUCGACAUGUGCUACAGCCUGAUCGACCGUGGAAUGAUACCCAAAAAACAGGGAUAUAAACCAAGAAAAGCCUAA